UAUAAAGGAGGUUGGGACAAGGACACGUCUGGAUUGUGUUUAGCUGGUGGAAGUUCAGCUCACAAAGAGGGAAAUUGUACCUGGGAAUCUAUAUACACUUGAAAGGAGAGGAUGACAUCCACAGCAGACCGACUGGCUGAGCAGCAGAAGAGAGAAGAGGGGAUUGGGACAAACCAGAAUGCAGUGAAGUUCUCGGGCCAGGAUUAUGAGACUCUGCGCAAGCAGUGUUUGGAGAGUGGACGCCUGUUUGAGGACAAUUGCUUUCCAGCAGAGCGUAAAUCACUGGGCUACAAUGAGCUGGGACCAUACUCAUCUAAGACCAGGGGCGUUGUUUGGAAAAGACCAAAGGAGCUUUGCUCAGACCCAAAGUUCAUUGAUGAUGGAGCCACAAGGACAGACAUUUGCCAAGGAGCUCUGGGUGACUGCUGGCUUCUGGCUGCAAUAGCCUCUUUGACUCUAGACCAGCGCAUUCUGGCUCGUGUGGUCCCCCAUGGGCAGAGUUUUACUGAAGAUUAUGCUGGGAUAUUUCACUUCCAGUUCUGGCAGUUCGGUGAGUGGGUGGAUGUGGUGGUUGAUGACCGUUUACCCACCAGAGAUGGAAAACUGCUGUUUGUUCACUCAGCGGAGGGCUCAGAGUUUUGGAGUGCACUGCUGGAGAAGGCCUAUGCCAAGGUGAAUGGCUGCUAUGAGGCUCUGUCAGGAGGAAACACUAUUGAGGGUUUUGAGGAUUUCACAGGAGGAAUUGCAGAAGUUUACACUUUAGACAAGGCUCCACCAAACCUCUUCCAAAUCAUACAGAGGGCUUUGAGCCUGGGUUCACUGAUGGGUUGCUCUAUUGAUAUCACCAGUGCCUAUGAGACAGAGGCAGUGACCUCUCUCAAACUUGUCAAAGGCCAUGCAUACUCUGUCACUGGUGCAGAAGAGGUUCAUUAUCGAGGCAGGCCGGUUCAGCUGGUCCGCAUGAGGAACCCAUGGGGUCAGGUGGAGUGGACUGGGCCGUGGAGUGACGGGUCAAAUGAAUGGAACUAUGUCAAUACAGAAGAGAAAUCAAAGUUGAACCAUGUGGCUGAAGAUGGAGAGUUCUGGAUGUCCUAUUCAGACUUUGUGAAGCAGUUCUCCAGGCUGGAGAUCUGUAACUUGACCCCAGACACACUCACAAGUGAUGACAUAGGCCACUGGAACCACCACCAGUUUGACGGGCUGUGGAGGGUUGGCUCCACUGCUGGUGGCUGCCGCAAUUACGCAGCCACAUUCUCAUCCAACCCUCAGUUUGUGGUACGUCUGGAGGAUAUGGACGAUGACCCUCUGGACGGGGAGGAUGGGUGCACCUUUCUGGUGGGGCUGAUGCAGAAAGAUGGACGACAGCAGAAGAGGCUUAACCGCAACCUUGAGACCAUUGGCUUUGCAAUUUAUGAGGUCCCAGAUGAGCUCAAAGGCAGGAGCAAUGUUCACCUAGGUCCAGAUGUCCUGCUGCGACAGAGAGCUGUGGCCAUGUGCAGCACCUUCAUCAACACUCGAGAAGUGUGUGGCCGCUUCAAACUUCCUCCUGGAGAAUAUGCAAUAGUUCCCUCGACCUUCCAGCCUCACAAGAACGGCAGCUUCGUUCUGAGGGUGUUCUCAGAGAAACAGGCUGCAACCAGUCCACUGGAGGAGAACAUUGAUGCUCAAAUAGAGGAGGAGGAGAUUUCUGAGAGUGAUGUGGAUCCUCAUUUCAAGCAACUCUUCAAGAAGAUUGCUGGCGAUGACAUGGAGGUAUCAGUCUUUGAACUGGUUACAAUUUUGAACAAUGUUGUUUCUCACCGGUCUGAUAUCAAAACAGAUGGCUUCAGCCUGGAGACAGGUCGCCUUAUUGUCAGUCUGCUGGAUAAAGAUGAAAGUGCCAGGCUGGGACUGAUAGAGUUCCACAUGCUUUGGAACAAAAUCCAGAAAUAUCUGGAGAUCUUCAAGAAUCAUGACUCAGACAACUCUGGCACCAUGAGCUCCCACGAGAUGAGAGGCGCUGCCACUCAAGCAGGUUUCAACAUCAACAGUGCUGUGCUGCAAGCCAUUGUGAGUCGUUAUGCUGACGCUCAGUAUGCCAUAGACUUUGACAGUUUUGUAGGCUGUCUCAUUAAACUGGAAAUGCUCUUCAAAAUGUUUAAGGCUAUGGAAAGAGCUGACUCAGGGAAGAUUGAACUGGAUAUGCAACAAUGGAUGUGCCUGGCGAUCUACUAACUCCGGGGACAAGACAAGCAAGAAUCUUUUUUGUGAUAUCUGCUGGAGGAGGAAGCUCAAUCAAUAGAUUAAGUUAAUUCACAAAAACUCAAUAAGUAAACUAAAUGAAAAAAAUAGUUGAUAUACACUCUGUAUGUUUCAAAUGCAUAAAAGGUGCUAAUGUGUUUUUGAUAGGAAAUGAAUCAUGAUAUUUGAAGAACAAAAGUUUAUAGCAAAUAUUUUUUGCUCUUUUGGCUGCUGCAAAACUGUCAAAUUAUAGAAAAUAAAGAAACUAAGAAACAA